AUGUCAUGGCGCUUUGCUUGGCGGCUGUGGGUGGUUUCCGCGGUGCUCUGGUGCUUAGGUAGCUCUGGGGUGUCCCGUGCAUGGGGGGCUCCGGUGCAUGGGCGGUUCCAGCGCAUGGGUAGCUCCCAGGGGGCUCCGAUGCGUAGGCGACUCGGUCAGGGCUCUGGUGCUUGGGGCUCAGGCAGAGCUCAGGUGCGUGGGCGGCAUCGAUUGGGCUCUGGCUUCACUACCAUCAUAUGA